AAACUCUGCCCUUCUCUCACCACCCUUUGACCGUCAGUCUCAGUGCCACCAUGCUGGCCUUAGGGCUACUUCUGGUGGCUUUGCUGGCCUGCCUGACUACAAUGGUCUUGACGUCUGUCCGGCAGCAGAGAAAGUUCUUGGGGAAGCUACCUCCCGGACCCCCUCCAUUGCCUUUCAUCGGGAACUACCUGCAGCUGAACACAGACCAGAUGUACAACUCCCUCAUGAAGAUUAGUGAGCGCUAUGGUCCAGUAUUCACCGUCUACCUGGGGCACCGGCGGGUCGUGGUGCUGUGGGGACAGGAGGCUGUGAAGGAGGCUCUUGUGGACCAGGCUGAGGAAUUCAGCGGGCGAGGCGAGCAGGCCACCUACGACUGGUUCUUCAAAGGCUAUGGAGUGGCCUUCAGCAACGGGGAGCGAGCCAAGCAGCUGCGGCGCUUCUCUAUCACCACCCUGAGGAACUUCGGUGUAGGCAAGCGCUGCAUUGAGGAGCGCAUCCAGGAAGAGGCCCGCUUCCUCAUCGAGGCCCUUCGGGACACAGACGGCGCCUUCAUUGAUCCCUCCUUCUUCCUGAGCCGAUCUGUGUCCAAUGUCAUCAGCUCCAUUGUCUUUGGGGACCGCUUCGACUACGAAGACGAAGAGUUCCUGUCACUGCUGAGUAUUAUGCUGCGAAACUUCCGCUUCGUGUCUUCCUCUAUGGGGCAGCUCUUUGAGAUGUUCUACCCAGUGAUAAAACACCUGCCAGGACCACACCACCAGGCAUUAAAGGAGCUUCAGACGCUGGAGGACUUCAUAGCCAAGAAGGUGGAACAGAGCCAACGCACGCUGGAUCCCAACUGCCCACAGAACUUCAUUGACUCCUUCCUCAUCCGCAUGCAGGAGGAAGAGAAGAACCCCAACACAGAGUUCUGCUUAAAGAACCUGCAGCUGACCGCGCUGACCCUCUUCUUUGCCGGUACCGAGACGGUCAGCACGACCCUGCGUUAUGGCUUCCUGCUGCUCAUGAAGCACCCAGAUGUGGAGGCCAAGAUCCGAGAGGAGAUUGACCGGGUGAUUGGCAACAACCGUCAGCCCCAGGUCGAGGACCGGGCCAAGAUGCCCUACACAGAUGCGGUGAUCCAUGAAAUCCAAAGAUUCGGAAACAUGAUCCCCUUGGGCUUGGCCCACAGAGUCACCAAGGACACCACGUUUCGGGACUUCCUCCUUCCCAAGGGCACUGAAGUGUUUGCUGUGCUGGGCUCGGUGCUGAGAGACCCCAAGUUCUUCUCUAACCCCGAAGAUUUCAACCCCCAGCACUUCCUGACUGAGAAGGGGCAGUUUAAGAAGAGUGAUGCCUUUGUGCCCUUCUCCAUCGGAAAGCGGUACUGUUUCGGAGAAGGCCUGGCUAAAAUGGAGCUCUUUCUCUUCCUCACCAACAUCAUGCAGAACUUCCGCUUCAAGUCCCCACAGUCACCGCAGGACAUCGACGUGACUCCCAAAUAUGUGGGCUUUGCCACCAUCCCACGAAACUUCACCAUGAGCUUCCUGCCCCACUGAGCUAGAGUUGUGUCAGGGCAGACCUACUGGGAGGACCUAUUGGGGUAAGGCCAGGGGAGGAGCCAUUGGGAGGGGCAGGGCUAAGGAUCAGGGGUGAGCUGGAGGAAAGGUAGGGGCGAAGUGGAUAGGAAGAGGAAGAAGAAACAGACGCACUCUGUAACAACUUAGUAUAUUAUUAUAUAAUAUGAACAGUUCUGGCCAGGGGAUUUUUCCUGUCCAUCAUCUGACCUGGCUUCACUACACACACUUGCUCACACUUUCCCAUUCGUGCAUACUGCAUGCCCCCACCAAAUAAGGUGAGAUCUGAUUAGAGUCAGACUGGGGGACAGUAGUCAGACCUCUUAAUGAAAUGUGCGAGGGAGAGAAGCACUUUCACAAAAUGCUGGAAGAACUUAGGUCAUGGCACAGCCACGUACUAGUGUGUGCGCUCACGUGCAUGCAAGUAUAUGAUUGCAUAUUCUCCCGAGUGUAUGCAUGAAUUCCUUUUGCUUUAAGUUUCUGAAGGCUUGGCUCUCUCUGAUGGAUCUGGGAUCUGCUGUACGACCCAGCUAAGAGUCUCAGAACCACCGGCUUCCUCUCAAAUAAAGCAGUGUAUGUUCCCUUGAGCAGUGCCCAAUCUGAACAUUCAUACACAUCAGUCUUAGAUUUGUGUUCCUUAAACUAAAUGCGACACAGACUCCGACUCCCCUAAACCUGCCACACUUGAAGGACCAGUGAUUGAGAACAAGUGAAAGGGAAAUCUGGUCUUGAUAGCCUCAGAAAUUGAUAACCCCUUCCAGGAUACAGUGUGAGGCACCUCAUUGGAUACACAAGUAACCAAGGACUGUAUCCAGCAUCUGCAGAUGGAGAAAAACAAGAACCAGUUUCAUCCAGCAAGGCUAAUCCCUAUGACCAGGGACCUGACCUUUUCCUAAUGUUAAUGUCAUUUGUAUUGCGGUUACUAUGACUCCCAUCGUGCACCUGAUGCCAUGACAGUUCUGGAGGAACCAAAUAAGGACGAGAAAGGGGAAAAUAGAGGGUCCUUUCCAGGGGGAGGAGAUGAAUGCGACAUCAUCAAUACCUGCCCAGGGAGGGAAUAAAACCCCUGAGCGUGACUUCCUCUGUUCUCUGAGUUUGCUCACACUUUCCUCCUAAGUGUGUAUUUUCAUUUUUAAUAAACCAUUUUUACUUCUUUGCA